AUGUUGCUCAAACAUUGCCUGCCGCUUAUUGCCUUGGGUGCUGCGCCUGCCCUUGGGCGUACCCUGAAGCGAGACGCACCACCUGAGAAUGAUGCUGGGGCCUAUAAAGUCAGCUUUCAUUGCAGCCACACGAUAUAUCCUGGCGGACCCCAUGGAGAGCCGAACAAUUAUUCGCACAGCAGCAGUCUUGAGCUGCUGGUUCCCGAUGGAUCGUCACGCCUGGCAGAGGAAUGCCACGCACCAGACGGCACACCGGCAAUCAGCGAAUGUAUCUUCAAGGAUGAUGCACUCGACGCAGGAUCCCUGACUGUCCAUGUCUACUCGAACCCAGGUAAUUGCCACCUGGAUUUCGGGUAUAAGGGGGAGAGCUUUACCGCGAAAUCGGACAAGUGUGGCCAUGAAAAUGGAGGGUUUGAGCCUUUCGCAAGCGACAAAACAGCUGUCUGUUACUUUGAUGCUUGA